ACACACUCUAACAUACACACACACACACAGCCCUCUGCAGGCUUCGCUUCCUGCUUCCUCGCUAAGACAACACGGUGGGCUCUACAAGACGGAGCAGUAGUAAAUAUCGGUGAGCCCAGAGGAUCUUACUAAGAGUCAACUAAGGGACGCUAGCUCGGUGUCAAAUCCGAUUUCAAGACAGAUUAUAAAUUAAUUAAUCCCAACGCUGGACUCGUUGGUUCCUCCUCAUCCCAGCAUGGACGGCGGGUCUGCGUGAAGAUAAACACAGUGAGUGAGAAACAAAAUGGUCCUGCGAGAAUUUACUAUCUGACCAAAGCAGCGUCCAUAACAGUGCGAAGAUCAAUUUUAAGACGGAUUUUAAUAUGUCGGUAUGCUAGCUGGUUAUCUUCGUCUUGGAUUAUCCUGUUAUAGUCCUCCCGUUUGAGCCACUGUGUCUGUCAUAAACCAAUUUCUCCCUGAAAUUAUUAUCGCUAUCCCGGUGAAGCCAGAGACAACUAAAAAUGAUGUUUGGCAUGUAUAUGAAAAGAAAUAAAUAGAUUAUUGGGCAGUAAACUGGGACAACAUGUCCUGUUAUGCUAACUAACCAUAAAGAGGAUUUGGGUCUCUUUUCACUAGAAUCAGAAACCCCUCACCUAACUACAUUGGACCUGUUAUAAGAGCAUAUCUAUGCAAUUUAUUUCUACAUUUAUUGAAUUGUCUUAAAGCUUGUCAGAGCUUUGGUGUGUCUCAAGACAGACUGGAGUGUUUCACUUGAUGCCACUAUUUCCCUCAGGUGAUUGGCAGCAGCCAUGGGACCCCGAUGGACCUGGCUCCAGCAGGCGCACUGCCAGGAUGAGGACCCCUCGGCUCCAGACCAGGAGAGGCAGGAUGGGGACCCCUCGGCUCCAGACCAGGAGAGGCAGAAUGAGGACUCCUCAGGUCCAGACCAGGAGAGGCAGGAUGAGGACCCCUCAGCUCCAGACCAAGAGAGACAGAAGCGCUGGGCUGAAAUGUUUGAUCAGCUGGAUGUCAACAAGGAUGGACACAUUGACAUCGGUGAGCUGCGGGCUGGGCUGGCAGGCCGAGGGGUGUCUAGGGGCUCUUUGGAGAAGGUGAGAUUGCAGCACACCUGCAACCACCACCAUCACCACACACACACACACACUGCCGUACACAGAUGGUGGGAUACAUUUAAUGAAAACUGCUUUAACCCUAAAACACUACUGCUGAAAUUAGUAACACCAUCACUAUCGCCAGGUGAUUUUUAUCAAAUAUAAUAUACCUAAGAAAAAGUACUUGUCAUCAAAAUAUAUCAAAAUAGGACAAUACAUGACAAAUUAAAGUAGUUUUCUUAAUUUUUACCUGUGCAAUGUCCAAAGGAAGGGGAAAAAAGUGCCAUGAGGGGACCGUAUAAAAAUGCUACAAAAUAACUGAAAUUAGGCAUUCAUAAACAAAAAAAAAUCCAAAAUUAUAUAUGUAUAAACUGUAAACUUAGUUUUUUUUCCACCAUUCCCAGGGCAUCUAAGUCUUCCCUGUUGAAUACUCAGGGUCCUUGGCACAAUAACAGCUGCAGGGGAGAGAACCAAAAUAUGACAUAUUUUGAGUGAGUAAAAAUGUCAAACUGACUGAAAUAUUUCUUAUCACCAUAUGAUAUCUAUGUUCCCUUGAAUAUUCCCUGAAAAAUCACUACUUUGUGAUAGUUAUUCAAAACCAAUGUGCUAAUUAAAAAUAGCAUGCAAAUUCCAGGACCACUCUUACUGACCUUAUUUGUCUACAUGCAGUUAUCAAAUCCACCCAAACCUUACUUUACCCUCUAUCACUUUUGCCGGGUGAAAAUCACCUGAAUACAUGUCUGUAGGAAAAAGCAGGUUUUGGAUCAGAGAAACAAAUAUGCCUUCAAAGAUGUCGAAGGCAAUGCUGAAGCCACCCAGGGACCCAUGACACUCAGACAAACGCAACAUAAUGAAAAUCACGUGAACAUGUUUGGUCAGGUGAAAAUCACCCGGCGAUAGUGUUCUGGGGUUAAAAACAUAUAGAUCAGGAUGAUCCAAGAUACACACAAAGUUCAAGGACCUUUCGACCAACCACAAAGCGGGGUCACUGGCUUUACCUCAGCUAUAAGUCCUACUGAAAAAUUAUCUUUAAAUAAGAGUGUCAAGACCUUUGUUGCUCAAAUGAUGAGCAGAUAACAGUUCAAACCAACCUCAUGGUUGAACUUGGAUAACAUGCGCCUGUCUCUGUGUACGAUGAGAAGUAAUGACGGGGAUCUUCUCUUCUUACAUUAAAACUCCACUGAAAGCCUGUAAGAUCCAUCCUGUUUCUCCUGACAUAGAGACUCCCUAAUUGCCCUGAUCUGCGGUCACUCUUUGUGCAAAAGAGCCAAGAACAUGAACAGCACAACUUUAUUAUUGUAUACACACAGUCUGUCUCUCCUCCCUCAGCGCCUGUCUCUAGAGUGUUUGUUUUGGCAAAAAGUGUGUGGGUCACAGAGAAGACUCACCACAACUUUCUCCUAUGUUCCAGUACUCAUCCAAUAUCCCUUGGGGUUGUGUUUGCAUGUGUUUGAAUGUCAACAUAGUACUCAUGUGGCUAUAAACACUUGCCAGUAGCCACUUGCAGUUACUUGCCUUUCUUUAGGGAAAAAUAUACUUCAAUAUAACCUGCAUUAUUGAAUUGUAGAGCUUAAGGCUUAGGUCGGGAGAAGAGUACGUGUGUGUGUUUAUGUAAAGGGCACCAAGCUGUCUAUUUUAGUACAGGACUGUGAAAGAUGAGAAGUUAACCUUUCCCUCUGUCCCAACACUUGAUCCCUUCUCACAUAUGUGUCAUUGUCAGUGUCAGGCUUUUUUUUUUCAGUACCAUUUUUGUGAUUAUGCUGAUGUAGUCUUUCAUAUUAGAUAAAUGUGUCUUUAAUUCCUUGUGUUUUUUGUUGUCUGUACCUAUUUUUUAUUGACUGAAAAUACUUAAAUUAUGGAUCUUGAACAUGCUAAUACAGAUUUUUAUUGAAAUUUCAGUUAUAAAAAUGUCAGCUAUACCAUACAUAUUCAACACAAUUGAAACAUCCUUAGAUUCCUAUCAAGUACAGUAUAUGUUAACGAAAACAAAUACGGUAAAUCAUUUUUAAUUUUUAACUGAACUUUGAUUGUUGAGAUGAUUAAAACAAGCAUAAUUGAAUCUGGUUUAUCUUAACAUAAUCAUUAUCAGGUAUAUUUGGUUUGUAAACUAGUCCAUAAAGUAUUUAUGGAGUCACUGUUGACUUAUCUGCCAAAUGCUUCUGUAUUCACUGCCCUUACUGUCUGUGUUUUCAGAUGGUGAAGGUGGGAGACACCAACGAGGAUGGAGUACUAGACUUUGAGGAAUUCACACAGUAUCUUCAGGCUCAUGAAAAACAGCUCAAACUCAUGUUUAAGAGUCUGGACAGGAACAAUGACGGUGAAAAGAUGCCCACACUUUGAAAAAUAUCAGAUGUCAUCAUAACUUUUUACCUUGAGAUCAUUUCUGAAUUUUGCUCAUACUCUUCAUGUGGAUGCUUACAGGUCACAUUGAUGCAGCAGAGAUCCAGCACUCUCUACGCACAAUCGGUGUGGAUAUCAGCCUAAAAGCUGCAACCAGAAUUUUACAAAGGUCUGCCAACAGUAUGUUGAUGUUUUAUAUCUCAUAUCACAUGACAGUAUGAUCAUCCACAGAACAUGUAAAUAUCACUUGAACUAAAAGCUGUGAACACAAAUGGUUGGCUUACCCUCUUUUUGAAAUAUAGAGGCCUACUUCACUGGGCAUGUUUUCCAUUUAAAAACCAGUUAAUGGAAAUAGCUGAGGAUGAGAGGGUCAGUUAAGAAGACUAGUUUUAUCACAUUUCACAGCUGCAAAGGCAGCCUAAAGGUUAUUCCAUCGUUUUGUAUCUGAAAUAACACAUUUAAAGAUGUCAAAUUCAUACUUUUACAACUGUUAUGAGUUAGAGGGGUUAAACAGCUCUAUGAAAUAAAUAUAGAUGGCUGAUUAAACCCCCCAAAACUUUUUUACUUGAUUUAUUUCUUAAAAAUCAAAUGUUUCUGAAUGCAGAUGGGACUCUGCUCUAAUCUUACCUGAGACUCGAUGAUCCUUUCCCUCAAUUCAUCAUUUGCAGCACAUAAGAUUAAUGGUGCAUCUUUGUUGAGCUGCCUCUUAAGAGUUCAGUAAUUAUUUUUAUCCUGGCUUUAAAAGAAUUAUUUGUAAAAAUCAACAUCAGUUUCUUCAAGUAUAUUUGGUCGUGAUAAACCAGGAAACCUCCUUAUAAAUUGGCGCUCAUUUUCCUGAUACUUGAUUUUACAUGUAAGAGAUGUGCGUGUGUGUUAGCUAAAUGAAUGGAUAUGUAGGGGGUGUUUUUUUUUUUUUUUACAACUUCUUGUAUAAUUUUCUAUGACAACAGAAAUCUUUCUGUUCAGUGGUGAAUUAAGUCAUCAAAAAAUACCUCAAUGCUCUCCAUCAGCACUGACCAAGGAUCAAUCCAACACUUCUGAACUCAGUUUUAUCCGGCGGUGUGUAUUUGUCUCUCAGUAUAGACAAAGACGGCACCAUGACCAUCGACUGGAAUGAGUGGAGGGACUACUUUCUGUUUAACCCUAUCACUAACAUGGAGGAGAUAGCACGCUACUGGAAACGUUCAAUGGUGAGGACACAUAAACUUCAAUACACUCCCAUUGAACAAGAACAACUAAAUGUUACUGUGAACUUGUAUCAGACAACAAAUGCAGCAAAUAGAAAAAGAGCAAUGACACAGCACAAGGGUUUCAAGAGGAAACUGGUCGCUCAGUUCUGGUUUUUGUAAGAUGUUCUACCUUGAGAGAUAAUUUUUGAUGUUUUGUUGUCUUACUCAUUUUUUCUUCCUCUCUCCCUUUUAUUGUUGUAAUUUCUGAUCAUUCAAACCAUCCUGGCUCCAGUAGAUGUUGGAUAUUGGUGAACAACUAACAGUUCCAGAUGAUUUUACAGAAGAGGAGAAGAAGUCAGGCUAUGUUUUGCGGCAGCUGAUGGCUGGAGCUGUAGCCGGAUCCGUAUCUCGGACUGGGACUGCCCCCUUGGACCGUCUGAAAGUCUUUCGACAGGUCAGUUAGUGAGAAUGGAGUUGAUGUUCUUAAGUUGGGGUUAAGAUUUCACUUUUUAGUCAGGAUGUUGUUUUCAGUUUAACUUAUUUAUAUUCAACAUGCAGCAGACCCCUUCAGUGUUUCUCUCCGACUCUGCUCUCUCAGGUUCAUGGCUCUGUUGAUUUUAGAGGAAAUGUGCUGAGUGGUUUUCAGUACAUGAUUAAAGAGGGAGGACCGUGGUCCUUGUGGAGAGGCAAUGGAAUCAACGUUCUGAAAAUUGCUCCAGAAACUGCUAUCAAGUUCACAGCUUAUGAACAGGUGGAGUAGACGUUCAGACCCAGUUGAACUGAUUCACUUUUACACAUCAGACCAGUUAUCUUUUAGUUUUUAUCUUUAUCAUUUGUCCUUUACUUUUCCUUUCUGUCUGUCUGCUAUUUUUACAUUACAAAUUCUCAUCUCUGACUGGAACCAGUUUGUUGUUUUCAUGAUAAGUGUGUAACUUUCUUAGAGUAAACAAGCUUUAGCAUUAAAACUAGAAACAGAGAAAUGCCAGCAGGAGGUUUUCUUUAUGCUCUUUGUCUUGAUUUGCUGGAUGGAUGGAUAGCAAGUCUUUCACUAAAUCUCCUUAAAACCUUAAUGUCAUGGUAUUUUUCUUUUUUCUCUUCCUUCAUAUUAAAUUUGUAAACAGAUGUGUUGUUUGUUGGAGAAUAAUUUUGGCAGAGCCAUGUUGUUUUCAGGCUCAUUAUCUAUUGUCCGUUAAAAUGUUGGUGAAUUAAGCUCUUAAUGUUUUCAACUUUUUUCUUUUCUGCGUAGAUCAAGGCUGUGAUGCGUGGAAAAAAUGAAAGCAGGACUCUGAGAAUUUAUGAGCGAUUUGUUGCUGGCUCUAUAGCUGGAGCUACAGCUCAGACAGCCAUUUACCCAAUGGAGGUAAUAUCAGGAUAACACACUGAGACACUUUUGUAGACAAAUACAGAAACUGAUGUUUUUUCUCUUUCUGUCUCUGUCAUAAACCUCUGCUUUCUCUCCUCUACAGGUACUGAAGACCCGUCUCACACUAAGAAAAACUGGACAGUACUCAGGGAUAGCAGACUGUGCCAAACAGAUCCUCCAGAAAGAAGGAGUCACAGCCUUCUACAAGGGCUAUCUGCCCAACCUGCUCAGUAUUGUCCCCUAUGCUGGCAUCGACCUGGCUGUCUAUGAGGUCAGAGACAUGAAAACACAUCACUUUGUCAGUGAAUCUCCUUGGUUUUGACUUUUUUCUCACUCUUUUAACUCGACAGACUCUGAAGUUUGCUUGGCUGAACAGGAACAGAGGUCUAGCGGACCCAGGGGUCACAGUGCUGGUCGGCUGCGGUGCCGUUUCCAGCACUUGUGGACAGCUUGCAAGUUACCCACUCGCACUGAUCCGCACCCGAAUGCAAGCGCAAGGUCAGGACAACUUCUGUCACUCGAAUACAAUUUAGCUUAAAUGGCAAAACCAACAUGAUGAUCUAUUGACUGAAUCUGGCAAAUACACAAUUAGAGUGCAAACACAUCUCUUAUCCCGUCAUGUCUUCAGUUUUGCAGCCAUGUAAUCAGAAUAAGGUGUUUGAGCCUCAUCUUUUCUCCCUUCAGCUUCAGUGAAAGGAUCCCCAAAACUCUCCAUGCUGGCUCUGAUUCACUCCAUCAUCACUAAAGAGGGUGUGGCUGGACUUUAUCGAGGAAUCUCCCCCAACCUGCUUAAAGUAAUCCCAGCUGUCAGUGUGUCCUACGCCGUGUAUGAAUACACAAGGAUGAUGCUGGGAGUGGACAUUGAGGGUAGGCAGGCAGGGAAAGGGAGGGGGUAGAAAAAAGGUUGGAAAAUUUGGAUUUCAACUCAAAGCACGUGUGCACCUGUUUGCAUGUCAUGAGGAGGUGGGCCUUGACUGUGUCGCUUGAAUUCAAAGAAAAUCUUCAAGGUGUGUUAAUAGAAUGGAAAUGCACUUUAUAAGACCAACAGAAAACAGAAGACCAUUAAUAUUUGUGUGUUUCUUACACGUGGAGGAUCUCACCUGACUUGGAAGCUGCUGUGAUGAGUUCCAUGUGAGGUGUGUUACAUUACAAUGCAUGUCAACAGGGGUGUGAAAGCUAAUCAACGAGCAUCCUGCUACUGCACUGACAUAGACUGAUGAAUACCUGCAUGAACUUGCCUGAGAACAAACAGGUAAGAGAUGAAGCCAUGUUACAUUCCUACAGCAUUAUUUUUUUCUUUCAGGUGAUAUAUAAAGAAGAAAAAGGACUAAGAUUACAGGACUGGAUUAGUUAUUCUGGUCUGUUAAAGAGGGGAUCUGAAAGUUUCUGCACAGUGGUGGAGUUACAGGCGGGACUUGUUAUGUCUUAAUGAAAUGUUACAUGUGUAAAAUACAGAAAUGGAUGUGAUUAAGAUGACUACCAAAUGCCAAACUACCCUUCCCAGAAGUGAUUUUAUGAUAACCUGACCUCAAUCUGUCUUUUAAGUGUUUCUAUGAAGAGAAGUUUGUUUGUGACAAAUUUUUCCAUGCUUGUAAAACACUACAGGGUCCAGUCCUUUGUAGGGGUUUUAAAACUGUAUGCGCACAAUGUGCUGAUUUUAACAUGAAAUAAUAUAAAAUAUGUUUUCAUGCCAAUGAACAUUUUUGAUGUGUCAGUAUUUAUAUGUAAUGUACCAAUAAAUGCUCACACUAGACUGCU